AUUUUAAAAAAUGUUUGUGAAGCGGUAGGGCGCCUGCGUGGGUAUAAAUGGCUCGUGCCCCUUAACGUGUACCGAUGAUAUUUAUUCAUUAACCUUCUGGUACUCCUAUAUAAUCAAAACACUAUUCUGUAAGCAAAAAAAAAAAAAAAAAAAAAAAAGCAAAAACAAAACAGAUUAGUUGGUUCAUUGACAGAAGAGAAAUCUUUUGUGUGUGAUGUCGGAUAUUUGUUACGAGGACGACGCGUUGGCUUGUGAAACGAGGCCGUCGUGGUCAAGCCGGAGGCGAAGGAUCGGAGUCCAGCGAUGUAGGAUGACUCCCUCAGAGAUGAAUAAGGCGGCGGAAGAUUCAGAGGGGAUUAAUAAACGUAAUAAGCAAGAGGAGUACGAUUUUAUGAACUGUGCAUCGCCGCCUCCUCUUCCUCGAAGCUCACCUGAAGAUUGUUCAGAAGGAGAUGACGAGAGUGUAUUGGUAGAUCGAGAGGCCACGAGGAAUAAAAGCGAGAGUUCAUUGGUUCUUCUUCCGUAUAAGAAAACAACUGUGAGAGAGAGGGAGGAUGCGAGGCCUAGAUACGGCGUCGCAUCAGUGUGCGGUAGAAGAAGAGACAUGGAGGAUACGGUUGCGAUUCAUCCGUCUUUUGUUCGGAAGCAAACUGAGUUUUCUCGUGCAAGGUGGCACUAUUUCGGAGUUUACGACGGUCAUGGCUGUUCUCACGUGGCGGCGAGAUGUAAAGAGAGGCUUCACGAGCUAGUGCAAGAGGAAGCGAUGUCGGACAAGAACGAAGAAUGGAAGAAGAUGAUGGAUCGUAGCUUCACGCGCAUGGACAAGGAAGCUGUUCGUUGGGAGGAGACCGUGAUGAGCGCUAACUGCAAGUGCGAGCUUCAGACACCGAACUGCGACGCUGUGGGAUCCACCGCUGUCGUCUCCGUCAUUACGCCGGAGAAGAUCAUUGUAGCGAACUGCGGCGAUUCUAGAGCAGUUCUCUGUCGGAAUGGAAAACCAGUUCCUCUAUCUACAGAUCACAAGCCGGAUCGUCCGGACGAGUUGGAUCGGAUCCAGGAAGCAGGAGGGAGAGUGAUAUACUGGGAUGGUCCAAGAGUGUUGGGCGUUUUAGCCACGUCACGAGCCAUCGGAGACAACUACUUGAAACCGUACGUGAGUUCUGAGCCGGAAGUCACGGUGACUGAUCGUACGGAAGAAGAUGAGUUUAUGAUUCUAGCUAGCGAUGGGCUAUGGGACGUUGUGACAAACGAGGCGGCGUGUGCGAUGGUGCAAAUGUAUCUUAACAAAAAAGGUGGACGUGGAGGAGGAAGGCGGCGAGAAGCUAGGGAUGGUGAAGAAAGGAAAGAUGAGGAGGAGGAGAAGGAUGUGGUGGGGUCAAGGAAGAACGGGAAGAAAGGAGAGAUCACGGACAGAGCAUGUACGGAGGCGUCAGUGUUGCUGACGAAGCUAGCGUUAGCGAAGCACAGUAGCGAUAACGUAAGCGUUGUUGUUAUUGAUCUCAGCAGAAGAAGAAAAAGACACGUUGCUUGACACUAAUCUCAUCACUCCACACGGUCUUUUCUUUCUUUUAAAUAUGAUUCCUUUUUAGAGGUUUCACUGGGACGAAGGCAUCUUUAGAUCUUCUCCCAAUCCAAAAGUGAGAAAGCAUCAGUUCAAAAACACAAACUCGGUGUUAAUCAAAAACACGGUUAAACCGGGUGGCAUGGUUUGUUCUGAACCAUCCUUUUGUUGCCUUUUUGGUUGUGUGUAAGAUAACAAACAAAAAAGGAAGACGGAAUGUGUCACCGUCUUGGUGGAAUCAGUUGCAUAAUUCAAUGAAUUUUUUUUUUUU